AAAGAAGGUGCUGCUGUAAUUGAUGUGGGUAUCAACUAUGUCCUUGACCCAGUGACCGGGAAGACAAAAUUAGUUGGCGAUGUGGACUUUGAAGGUAACAGGAAACCAGUGUUUCAAAAGAAAACUUGAUCACAUUGCUAGAUAACCCAGGUAUUCUAAACAACUGCAUGAGCGCCUCAAGGCUCCGUGCUGCUGCCAGAAGUACAUAUUUUUUUGAUUGGUAAGAACCUGCCAGAUGACGCCUCAUGAAAUAUAAAUGCAACAAAGCCUCCGACAGCUCAAUAAAAACCUUCCACCCGUCGGUCUAGGAGGAUAAGAGCAAGAUACUGUUAACGAGUGCUGGAGAUGGCUUUCGGAGUUCCAGUCUCAGUCUAUCUCUUAUUCAAUGCAAUGACGGCAUUAACUGAAGAGGUAGCCAGGACGCUAACACCCCCAACCACAACCCAGCAAAGUAACUGGACAGUUAACAAAACAGAAGCUGACUACACAGACGGAUCCAUCGCCUUGAAGUUCCCACAUCCUUGCCUGGAAGACCACCACAGUUACUGCGUCAAUGGUGUUUGCGCAUUCCACCACGAGCUGGAGACAGCUCUCUGCAGGUGUUUUACUGGUUAUACUGGAGAAAGGUGUGAGCACCUGACCUUAACUUCAUAUGCUGUAGAUUCUUAUGAAAAGUACAUUGCAAUUGGGAUUGGAGUUGGAUUAUUAUUAAGCGGUUUUCUUCUUAUUUUUUACUGCUACAUAAGAAAGAGGUGUUUAAACCUGAAAUCACCUUACAACAUCUGUUCUGGAGGAAGACCACUGUGAGGCCUUUGUAAGAAGUUUUCAUGAGGCCCUUGUAAAAAUCCAUGGGCCCCAAACGGAAAUGUUCAAGUGAAACAACAAAACUUCCCAAGCUGACAAGACUUGAAAAUAAAAGGAGAUGGGCUCGUGAUGAAACGAGAAAAUAAGUUUCAACACGGAUCCUUAGACUUUGCCACUGUUAGAGUGACACGGGAGCCCAGAGGACAAGCUACAGUGACAGAAGUCAAGUUCAUAGUCCUUCUUUGGGUUUGUUGCUGUUGUAUGGUUAUUGUUCUCGCUGCAGAGAGACUGAGUUAAAACUCAGAUAAAACAUAAAUGUUUCUGACUAUGUCAGAUGUCAACUUUCAGGGGAACAGUGAUCCACCUGCAGCCAACCAAAGUCAUGUCAGGCUUGAGGUCUUCAUUUCGCUUGCUGCCAGUAUUUUGGAUCGACACUCUAUGGACCGAAUCCCACACAUGCUGCUUUCAUGGUGUCUCAAAGAAUGUGAUGGCAACUAUUUGGAAGAUUUCAGUGUUAUGGCACCUCCAGUGAACCAAACAUGUUCUUCUUUCUAAGCUAGAGAAAAUAAAGUGGAGUGUCCAAGGCAAAUAUAAAGCAUACCUAGCUCGUGACAACACUGUGAAAUGUGGAAUAAGCUAAAGAGUUUCUGAUGACUGAAAGCUCUCUGGAUAUUGAGCCCUACAGAGGCAGAACAUCUUUGUUUCUGCAUGGAUUAUAAAACUUUGUGUUAGACUCACUGGCCCCAGAAUGCUUAUGUCCAUCACUUUCUCCUAUUGUUAAGGACUAUCUCUUUGGACUGAAAUUCUAAAAUUCUACCAAUAAAUAAAAUUCUGCACUUGGCUCUGAAAUAGAAACUGAAGAAUAUGACAUAGGAAUUGUUCAUCAGCCAAAAGCUGAUUGCCAUUUCUGAAUACCUGAUAGAAAAUGGAGCAUUGGUAGAAAUUGGUAGAAAUAAUGAUUUGAGAGUUAAGAGCCUUCCUCUUUAAUCAUAUUUCUUCCACCUAAAGAGUCUUGUGCAGGUCCCUUAAUUUCUUUUGGCUUUGAUCUCAUUUUCCACAAAGUCUGUCUAGCUCUCAAUCUGACAGUGAGAGAAAAGAGAAAAUCUUCCAUAUCUGUGUUGCAAGUGGAACUAUUCUCAAUCUCAUCUCUGUCCCUGACCUCACGUCUAACCCAAAACAUACCACUGGCUAUUGUCUUAGGUGUAUAUUUUAGUGUUUGGCUUGUAAAACCAUAAUUUAAGACUUUGUUUUUAAAAGAAGUAAAACAUGAAAUUAAAGCAUAAUAAGCUCUACCCCCCUUUUUUUUUAGAGUCAAUCUAAAACAAUGGACUUGUUUUUUCUAUUGUGGUAUAGAUAAAAUAAUCUUGAUCAUGAGAUGGGUUAAAAGAGGAUCAAAUGUGAAUAGUUGACAAGGGAAGCGUAGGAACAAGCUUUUCUCUUAUAUCAAGUUGUGACUUUUCAUUCACUUCUAAUCAAGGCUUUAUGUUCUUGUUCUGCUUUCCUUUGAGGAGUAGGCAUUUCACUUGCUUGUUUUUCCUUAGGGAGCAAUUUUAUGCCGGUGAAUCGCAGGUCAGCACUUUCUGUGUGAUCUCACAGAGUAUGCAGAGGUUACAUCAUACCAAGGAGUGGGGACACGGAGGAUCCUCCCAGUGACUCCCGGACCACGCCUAGAAAACUAGGCUUUUCCUGAGCUUUUCAAAAAGGUGUUAAAAAUGUUGGGGAGAGUCCGGGGAAGAAACAAUAAAUCUUCAUCAAGGACUGCCCCCUGAUGAAAGGAAAGAGGAAGCAAGUCUGGAAUCUGGAGAGGUGCCAACCUAAAAAGUUAGAAAAAUUUACUGUCUAUAAAUACUUUUUCAGGGGAGUUCACAUCGUGACCCAGUUAAUGAAUCUGACUAGGAACUAUGAGGUUGCGAGUUCGAUCCCUGGCCUCGCUCAGUGGGUUAAG